GGUGUGUAGUGUUAACGAUUAGAAAAAGCGCGUGAGCGUGACAAACCAAAAACCUACUCAGCAAAAUCUCUCCACUGCGGCGUCUCAACUGCUUCACCUAACCAUCGAAGAUACUACUCUCUCUGUCGCCGUUCAGUUCCGGCGCUCCCUUCCGGCGACUACUCUCUCUGCUGCAUCCACCUCCCGCCGUGUCUAGCCUCUGCGCUGUUGAAGCCCCUCACCCCCUUUACUCCGGCGCUCUGCGGCUGCUGCUUUCUUAGUUUUUCUCCUCUCCGGCGUAAGUUAAUUUUUGUUCCUUUUCCGGCUUUCUUCUUCUCUCUCCUCUCUCCAGCUGAAGUUCGUCAGCCUCUGUCUCCCCGACUUAUCUUCUGCUAAUGGCAAUGCACAUGUAUCGUGUAUCCGAUUAUGCCCAUUUCCCGGAGUUGAAUUCGCAGUAAAAUUAGGACGACAAUUUGAGUUACAGUCGACAGCUUUUAUUAUAGGAAAAAGCUUAAGUUCGUAUGAAUCUGCUUAUCUUGACAGUGAUACCAAAUGCGUAUAACGCAGACUGAUCAAUCCAAUUCCAUGUAUUGAUGCUCUCCCAAUUCUGUUGACAAACAAAACAACUUUUCCUUUCUCAUCGUUACGUUACUGAGCUGCUUUCUUGGAAGUAGUCCCGAGCUCUACAGUCUUGGAAGCUCAGUACCUUAAGGGUAGCUGCGCUUUUAAAAGAUCGUCAUUUCUUAAACCUUGUGGAGUUCAGUUUCAAGUGUGUUUGCUAUUUGGCAGAAUUUGGAGCUAGGGGAUAUGAGUGCUGCUACUUUCAACUCUGUUUCCUGUAGCAGAGGAUGCUGGUGGAAGGGAGAUGGGAAAAUUUGGACGACCAGCAAGCCUAAUGGAGAUUACCGGCUCAAUGUGAAAAGGCACUCGGUAGUUUCCCCAAAAGGGUUGAGUAUUUCAUGUUCGAAGCUGGAGAAAGAAGUCCGUGUAGCUCUUCUAGGUGCUAGUGGAUAUACCGGUGCUGAGAUAAUCCGACUUCUUGCGAAUCAUCCUUCCUUCGGGAUUGGUCUGAUGACUGCUGAUAGAAAUGCUGGGAAAUCAAUUGAAUCAGUGUUCCCUCACUUGGUUACCCAAAAGGAUUUGCCGACUUUGAUUUCCACUAGUGAUGCAGACUUUUCAGAUGUGGAUGCUGUAUUUUGUUGUUUACCUCAUGGAACUACACAGGAAAUUAUUAAAGGCCUUCCACAUGGACUGAAAAUUGUUGAUCUUUCUGCUGACUUUCGACUGCGAGAUAUUUCAGAGUAUGAACAAUGGUAUGGCCAAGCACAUAAAGCACCAGAUUUGCAGGAAGAAGCUGUAUACGGUUUGACAGAAAUGUUCAGAGAACAAAUAAAAGCUGCACGAUUGGUUGCUAAUCCAGGGUGUUAUCCAACAUCAAUUCAGCUUCCUCUUGUACCUUUGAUCAAGGCUAAACUCAUCCGAGAUCAGAACAUCAUCAUCGACGCAAAAUCUGGAGUCAGUGGGGCAGGACGUGGUGCCAAAGUGAGUAACCUCUACACAGAAUUAUCUGAAGGCAUAAUGUCUUAUGGUGUUACAAAACAUCGACAUGUUCCGGAAAUUGAACAGGGUUUAUCUGACGCUUCUGGGGUUAAAGUAACAGUCAGUUUCACCCCACACUUGAUGCCAAUGAGUCGCGGAAUGCAAUCAACUAUAUACGUUGAGAUGGCUCCAGGCACCACUGUCGAUGACUUAUACGAGCAAUUGAAGUUGUCGUACGAGAAGGAAGAAUUUGUGAGAGUUCUAGAGAAAGGAGUGGUUCCUCGAACUCACGAUGUCCGUGGUUCUAACUACUGUUACAUGAAUGUGUUCCCUGAUCGAAUCCCUAACAGAGCAAUCAUUAUAUCAGUUAUUGACAAUUUGGUGAAAGGAGCUUCUGGUCAAGCUAUACAGAAUCUGAACAUAAUGAUGGGUUUACCAGAAAAUGCUGGGCUUGCCUCCUACCUGCCCGUCUUCCCUUAGAAGUUAGACCCCCCUUUCUCAAGAACUUGAACUUCUGUGACAAAGUGCUCUUUUUUCCUUAGCAGGGAUUUGACUUAGCUGCAAAAUGCAAACCUCCUCUUUGAUUUAGGCAAUGGCUUCUGUAACGCCAAGAAAUG